AUGGGUGGGCUGCAGUUCUUCUGCACCUCAGUUGAUCAACCAGAGGGAGACCUGGAGCUCCUGGAGAAAUGUGUCGAAGCCAUGAAUGCCAAGAGCGAUCCUUCAGAGGAGGAGCGAAAAGGCGGGUCAGGGCAGAUUGGCAAGAUGGUCUUCUCCUGCGGUGUAGAGCAUUUGGCAGUCGUGGCGUACGUGCCAGAUGAGAAGCAGAAAGAUCUCAGCUGUGAGGAAUGGCUUGGUGCAGUGUUGGCCACCCAAGGCGGCGAGGCCUUCGCCUUAGCACGACACAGACACAUCUGA